UACUUUGUUAUGAUAAACUUUCCUACAUGUGGUUUUCCCUGUGUCAGCUUUCAGAGCAAAUGUACCUGAGAUUUACACUCACAACCGUAACCUUCCCAGAACCUUAACACUGCAGGUGUAACCUUAGGGUAAGCGUGAAUCAUACACAUACCGUGACAGGACGGAGGAGGGAACCUGGAGAACCGAGUGGAAAAAAAGUGCGCAGGGACGCAUUCGGAACAAGCAGCGAGGAUACCGGGCAGGAAAUCUAAUCACAUAAGAGGUAUUAGUGAUUCACUGACACUGGCAGAGAUGACAUGGAAAAAGUUGAGCAUCCUGGAGCGUUGACAGGGAGGUGGGGCAAAGAUGCACAAAGAAACGAAAUUGACAAAAGAGUAUGCUUCUCAAUCAGACGAGCAGCGGUAAAUUGCUUUACGGCUCAAAUCUGUUGGCCAGCCAGUCUCCUAGUACUGCUCGUUCCUGCUAGGGUGCUUUAAACAGGUUGUAGUCUACACAUGACGUAGAACACGUCACGACCAAUCAGCGCACUGUACACACCUCGACAAUAUGGGUAAGCGCUUCCAGGCAGGAGAGCAUUCAGCUCAGCAGCGCCUUCUCCUUGUACUUAGGGAGCUCCAGUUAAAGGGACAGUAACGAUGUACUAUCACCAUGGGAGACACAGCUUUUUGGAAUGGCUAAUGGUUGUUAUACUGAUGUUUGGGAUGUCUUAUUGCCACUCAGUCCAAAGAAUUAAAGAAUGCGGGCUCACAUGCUCCCAUACAGGGGGUAUAAACUGUAAAAAAGCAACAAUUGCCAAGCAAAGCUUCUUUUGUCGGACACCACCACGUUCUUUACCCUCAGAUGUGCUGCAGAAUAUGAAAGUUUCAACAGUUAUGAAGUGCAGUGGGAAUAAAUGGUGUUCACUUUAUAUAAAUGUUAAUGGGACUGUCAUCCUGAAUGAAAAUGUUCGAGGGAUAGAAAUUUGUGUCAUGACAAUAAGCUCAUCUCAGACUCAGUGUGAAAGUGUAAGAUUUUCAGGACACAAAUCAAAGAAACUUGAUGGCCACAAGGUUGAUGUUCAGUUUAACUGCUUUGAAGUGGGCAUUGCUCAACAAGUAUAUGUGACCAUGAAAACACUGCCAAAUUAUUGCUAUGUUGAGCUAGAAAAGUAUCACAAUGUUGAAGAUUGCGACAAUAAAGACAUAGAAAAUAACAUAUUGUCAUGUUUAGCUGGUAAAUUAGAUUACAUGGUGAAUGAAGAGAAGAAAUCCAUAACAAUACAUGUUUCGGAUAUAACUGAAGGAUUUGAUUAUAAUGUCCGCCUUUGCCUAAAGCGUUUCAUCUGCAAAGAUAUUGGAGCACAUGCAUUGAUAAAAGCAGACAAUGCAAUAAGAUCAGUGACGUUGCAUUAUCCUGAAAUCUUACCCUGCUUAUGUAUUGAGGGCUGGUCAGCGAUUCCUGACUCAAGAAGAGUGCGUCUUUGUCCGUUCAAAAAUGAUGCCGAUUCAGUUUGGAACAGCAUUACAUACGACUCUGUUACUCAGACGCUUGCCUGGCAACCUCUCUGUCCUGUUAAUGCCACUGUCAGUCUUUGCUGGAUGAUUGAUCAGAAUGACACAUGUGUGAACUUUCCAAGCUCAUUAAGAACAAUGAACGAUAAGGUUUUAUAUGUUCAAGUUGACCCUCAUCCUCGACUUUGUGCAAAGAUCACCACUUAUAUGGACUCCCAGGUUAGAUGUCCUUUUACAAAUGGACAGUUUCCAGGAUGGAAUGUGAAUAUAACAGCUGUAGAUACUUUAGUAGAAAUCAGAAUCACAUCAAAGAUCAAUGCAAGCUUUACAGUGCGUGUGUGUAACAGUACAGGAAUGACAUCAUGUAAUCUCUUUGCUUUAGUCCCUGUGGGGGCUUCAAGUUAUGCAACCUUAAAUAUAUCAAGUGAUAUAUGUGGUCCUAAUCUUUGUAUCCAGGCCUCAAGGUCAGAUGUAACCUAUUCAGUUCCAGUCAACAUCUGCAAUAUCCCCUGCAAGCCAAAAGAACAUUUACCUGGUGAAGCUAGCUCCUUGGAGACAUUCCUUCUGUCAUCAGUUUUGUUGAUAUUGGUUGCAAUGUUUGGCUUUGUUGGAUGCAUUUUACUGUCAGUAAACUACAGAAAGCAGCGGCAAGAGAAAUGUUACAUUAAAAGUAAAGUAAACCAUAUAUCUUUAGGUGUAGCUUCUUCACUUGAACAAAGAUUACCCAUAAUGUUUGCCCAGAUGGAAGACAAGUGAAAUUCUGGAAAUAUAUUAUAUUAUGAGCAAAGGCAAUUUUUUAACUACUUUGUAGCCAUGAAGCCAGAAAAAGAAUGUCUGUAACUGCUAAAAAUAUCAUUUUCAGUAUUACUUAACUGAAACAUUUAUGAUUGUAUAAGGUGGAUGAUGUGUAGAGUGAUUUUUUUAGCUUUCAAUGUAGCAGUGAUUUUUAAAAAAAAAAAAAAAAAAACAAGAAAC